UGAUCCAGGAUGAUACACAGACGGGCGGAAAGAUAGACCCACUACACAUAGAACACAAAAUAGACACAGUCAGACAUAUAGGACUUAUCUUUCCAGGGUGAGACACAGAAAGACAGACAGAGAUAAGGAGAGACAGAAACACUUCGAAUUCGUAGAGAGACAAAAUGGAGACACAGACAGAGGGGACUUAACUUAUCUAGGAUGACACACAAACAGACAGAGAUAAGGAGAGACAGAGACACUUCCGAUUCGUAGAGAGACGAAAUUGAGACACAGACAGGACUUAACUGAUCCAGGGUGAGACACAGAAAGACAGACAGAGAUGAGGAGAGACAGAAACACUUCGGAUUCGUAGAGUGACAAAAUGGAGAAACAGACAGAGGGGACUUAACUUAUCUAGGAUGAGACUGUCCUGUACCGGAUGCUCCAUCCCCGAGUUAUAAAUAUUACAUACACAUCUAUUUAUAUACACUGUAGACCAGUCAACAUGGCUGUUGGGACGUACCUUCUUACCGCUGUAUUCUUCUCUUAUUUCAUCGCUAUUUCCUACACUCAGCCAGUAGAUUCAAGCAAGGCGUGUAAACCAGGAAUGGUGCUCUGCGCAAAUACCACGAAGUGUAUCCCCCGGAAGUGGGUGUGUGAUGGUGAUGCAGACUGCCCCAACAAGACAGACGAAGUUAACUGUGAACCAACCACCUGCGGUCCGGGCUUGACCCUGUGUGCCAAUUCGUCCCAAUGUAUUUCGUCGGUAUGGGUCUGUGACGGUGAUAGAGACUGCAUAUCUGGAUCGGACGAGGCCAAUUGUGAUCAUCAUAAUAAAACAUGUUCCCCCAAAGAGUUCUUGUGUAAAUCCUCUCAAAAGUGCAUUCCAAGUAAAUGGCAAUGCGACGGAGGAAUGGAUUGUUCAGAUAACUCUGACGAAAUCAACUGUUCAAGUAUAACCUGCUCACCAACACAGUUCAUGUGUAAAACCAGUCAAAAGUGCAUCAACAUGAGGUGGAGAUGUGACGGAGACGACGAUUGUGGAGAUAAUUCUGACGAAGAGAACUGUACAAACAAAACCUGCUCAGACCAAGAGUUUAUGUGUAAAUCAAACAGCAUGUGUAUCCACAAAACUUGGCGAUGUGAUGGGGCUAUGGACUGCGUAGAUCACUCAGACGAGCAAAACUGUACAACGAAGGCAACAUGUUCUGCCGAUCAGUUUGAAUGUGACAAAAAAACCUGCAUUGAUGGUGCGAAGGAAUGUGACGGCAUCAAAGAUUGCUUCAACGGAAGAGAUGAAGCAGAGUGUUUACCUGGAGAUGUACGAGUUCUCCUGGCAGACAGACACAGCCUCAAGUUGGUUACUCUAUCCAGUGAUACUCGUAAAGCAUUGUCCCAUCGGAUGUCUCCUUCCCGAACCACAUACAAUAUGGUUGGCGUUGACUACGACUAUGGAGAGGGAUAUGUGUUCUGGACGGAUGUUGGUCAAAUUGGCAUUUACAGUGCAAGAUUUCUGAAUUCCUCGUCUACCAUUACGGACGAACGGACCGUCGUGUCCCGUAACAUAAGGACAGCGGACGGCCUCGCUGUUGACUGGAUAAACAAUCUGAUAUACUGGACAGACACAGGCCGGAAUGAGAUAUCGGUCACCGACUACAACGGAACUCUGAGGAAAACCCUGUUUCAAUUCAACCUAGAUGAACCAAGAGCUAUAGUAGUGGAUCCACUGACAGGGUGGAUGUAUUGGACAGAUUGGGGCACCCCAGCUAAGAUAGAAAGGGCCGGAAUGAACGGACAGCAAAGGGAGACAAUCGUAUCAGCCAACUUGACAUGGCCAAAUGGCCUUACGUUAGAUAAGAAAGACGGGCGACUGUACUGGAUUGAUUCCAAAUUCAAAAUGGUGGAGUCUUCUCAAACUGAUGGAACUGACAGAAAGGUUGUCAGCAAAGGAAAAGUUAACCAUGGUUUCGGUAUAACGACGUCGGAGUUCGCCAUUUACAUUACGUCCUGGGUAGACAAAGGCAUCACCGGAUUAACUAAAUCAGACGGUCGAGUGACACGCUUCACAAACGAGGUGACGGAUUCUAUUACGCAACCAAUGGGAUUAAAACUAUACAGCAAUACAUUGCAAAAGCAAAAGGCAAGUGUAUGCUACACUAACGAGUUUGAAUGCAAGUACCUUUGUCUACCUGGCCCCGCGAAGCCACCAUCAACUGAGGUUCGGUACAUUUGCGCAUGCCCAGACGGGAGCACGUGUGACAUAGGCUCGACAAAAAGCGGACCCGGAAGUAGUACAACCACGCCAAUGACAACAACUGCAGCUACAACAACAACAGCAACAGCAGCAACAACAGCAGCGACAAGCGAUCCAAAGACUACAGAUGUCACAAAUCUCUCCACUUCCGGUACUACUACUACGCAGAAAGCGGUGACGUCAACAAUAAUUCCAACCACAUCCCAAGCUCCAGGGUGCAGGUCUGAUCAGGUGCCAUGCGACGACAGUUCGUCCACGUGUAUACCACUUACGUGGAAAUGCGAUGGUAAACAGGACUGCCUGGACGGGUCAGACGAAAAGACUUGUCCAACAAGCGGCGCAUGCCCAGCGGGGUAUUUCGAGUGUAGUAACGGAUUUUGUAUCCCGGAUAAGUGGAUGUGUGAUGGCGAGAUUGACUGCUGGAACGAGUCGGACGAAGUCGGCUGUUCUGCCCGGUGCCAGAAAGGUCAGUCUUAUUGCCGAACCCAAGACAAGUGUAUAGCUCAGACCUGGGUGUGUGACGGCGACUACGACUGUUUGGGCGGCACAGACGAAUACAACUGCAAGACUUCAACAUCAGCGGCACAGGACUGGAACACCAAUCCUCUUUAUGAUGGACUUUUAUUUAAUUUUCUUGUUAAUUAAAAUAUUGUAUAUUACACUGUAUAUAAGUAGUAAAUAGGAUAUGUUUCAUAUCCAAAUCCAUCAUACCUUAUCGUGUUGUGAUGAAUUCCAUUUCAUUGAUCGACAGGUUGAUACAGAUUUUUCUGGCUGCGUUCUAUGAAAAUUGUCUGGAUAAAUGAUGAACACCUAUAGAAUCUUCAGCUGUUCAAGGAAAGAUGGUCGCGCUACUAACGCAGUCAAAUUAUUAUCGGCAAAAUAUUUUUAAAGAUAUUUGCAGUAAAGCUUUUAUUGGAGAUCUAAAAUGAAUAUACAUAUACGAUGUCUAUAAAUAUCAAACGGUUUUUUUUUUUAUAAAUUAAAAACUGUUCAAACAAAUAUCACCUGAUCAACAGUGAAGAGCCAAUUUUUAUUUC